AUGAAUAUCGCCAUCGUAAUGCUGGCAAUCGCCAGCAUAGUGAUGUGCCAACCGCGUGGUAGAGGCUACCCAUGUGGUGUGGGUAUACCUCCUCCACCACCACCUUACCUUCGAAACCUCACUGAUGAAGCCCGUGACGAGUACUUUACAAUCGUUUCCAGAAGAAACGAGACAAUUACGCAGAAUAAGCAGGACAUUCUCACAUGGGCGCAGAAGUACGGACUCGAGGCAGAAGUUCAAGAAUUCGAAACCAACAUGACGAACUCGAGAAAUGAGGUCAAGCAGAACGUCACCAGCCUCAUUAGCGAGUUGAGCACAGUCCUGGAACAGUUCACUACAAUAAUGGAUAAUGAGGACCAAACCCAAAUGGAACAGAGAAUGGCUCUGAGGAAUCUGAGUUAUGAAUAUCCCGAGGCAUACGCAGUUCUGUUAUUCGCCUUCGGUCAAUUUAGACCGAGGCCAUUCCGCCCAAGCGGUGACGACUCUGCUGAAGUACCCUGGGGACCAGAUGGAGACGAUCAACGAGUCCCCCCACCAGGAGGAAUAAGACCCGGUGGCGGUCCUCCCCGACCAGGAGGAGGAGAUCCUUGUGGUCCACCUCCUCCACCAGGACCAUUUGAUCCUUGUGGUCCUUCUCCAACAGGAGGGAACAACCAGGGUGGUCCUCCUCGACCAGGAGGAUUUGAUCCGUGUGAACCUCCUCCACCUGGACCUUUUGAUCCAUGUGGGCCCCCACCUCCAUGGGGAGGGUUUGAUCCAUGUGGACCACUUCCACCAGGAGAAAUCAACCCUGGUGGACCUCGCUGCCCACCUCUUCCUUUUCCAGGUACGGAGAGUUUUGAUAGUAAUUCUAUACGUGACAGAUUUAGAUAA